GCCACCGCCGCCAAGAUGCAGGACGGAGACGAUGACGAGCUGCCUCCCAUGUUGGUGACUGCCGACGGGAGCACUGCGGCGGAAGAGGCGCUGAGUGUGGAAUUGGACCAGGUGAAGAUUGUCAAGGUGCCCAUAACGAUCAUCACAGGCUAUCUUGGCGCGGGCAAAACCACGCUCCUCAACUACAUACUCACCGCAAAGCAUGGCAAGAAAAUAGCGGUCAUACUGAAUGAAUUUGGCAACACAUCGGACAUUGAAAAGUCUUUGACUGUCAAUCAAGGGGAUCAGCAGGUCUCCGAAUGGCUGGAUCUUGCCAAUGGCUGCAUCUGCUGUUCUGUCAAGGACUCUGGCGUCAACGCCAUCGAGUCUCUCAUGGACCGUCGGGGUGCCUUUGACUAUAUUCUACUCGAAACCACUGGUCUUGCGGAUCCUGGCAACAUUGCUCCUCUCUUUUGGGUGGACGAAGGACUUGGAAGUACCAUAUAUCUCGACGGAAUCGUGACGCUUGUUGAUGCGAAGAAUAUCCUUCGUUCCCUUGACGAGCCCGUCGGCGAAGAGGCUGUCCAUCGCGACGAUGAUCAUCACUCUGGUCCAGUCCUCUCCACAGCUCAUCUGCAAAUUUCCCAUGCCGAUGUAGUGGUCAUCAACAAGUCCGACCUGGUGACCCCUGCUGAACUCCAGGCGGUACAGGAACGUGUCUACUCGAUCAACGCGUUGGCGAGAACACAAGUGACAGAUCAUAGCCAAGUACCGGAGCUGGAAGGGUUGGUCCUGGACCUGCACGCUUACGACAACGUAUCAGCAGAUAAUCUCGAGUUUGCAAGCAAAGGACACAGCCACCUGGAUCCUGCCAUCGGCACUGUGACGCUGACCCUGCCUCGUCUCGAUGACGAUGGCAUAGUGGCGCUCGACAUAUGGCUUCAAUCUGUGCUGUGGGAGUCGCACCUGCCAAGUGAUUCGAAUGGGAAGGCAGAAGGACUGACAUCUGGCUGGGAGAUUCAUCGCAGUAAAGGCCGGGUGAUGCUGGCGAACGGGCGCGUGAAGAUACUUCAGGGAGUUCGUGAGAUUUUUGAGCUCAUAGAUGGUACCGUCAGUGCAGAGGACGACGUCUCACAGCGGGGAAAGCUGGUCUUCAUUGGCCGCAAUAUUGGCGAUGAACGCAGUCGAUUGUUAUUCCAACAGAGUCUUGACUUGAGUCUGCCGACCAGUCCAGUUGCCUAAAUGCUCGUCUCGCGCCGAUACACCGCCAGCAGAUAGAGUAAAAGCUCUGGCUCCAUCUCCUUCUCGCGGAUCGUCUCCCUUCGAGGCCACUCACCGACCAUUCUUGACGACUGUACCACUUGCUUGGGUAGACUACACCACGCUGUCUACGCCCUGUCUACGCCCUGCGGUAAUGACAUCCUUUGGCCGCUGACUGUGAUUGGACAGAUAGGCGGAGUCCCUUGCAUUCCCCAACUGCCAGCUUCAAGAGCUUCAAGAGCUGGCAGUCAAAAGCUCCCACCAUCCCUCAGCCUUGACACGACCAAAUCCACUUUUUCAUAUAGCAACUCCUCCAUCACCACUCUGCGUAGCUACUCGAGCUCGUCUUUUUUUCUGCGGAACAAUCACCAUGGCCAAGCCAUAUACCAACAUUAACGAAGAACAACUCCAACAAGAUGCCCAAGAUACCUUGCUACAUUUUGUAUGCCCAUCAUUUCAUGCCACCAGCAACGCACACCUGCAUCGCCAAUUGGUCUAACCCGCCCUUCUCUAGGGCCCAUCCUUUCAGCCCUUCAUAAUAACUUCCACCUCUGCCCGCACAAUCACAACCGCAAGCAACCACACCCUCCUCGACUGGACCUCAGGUCAGAUGUCCACUUCCAUCGGCCACGGCCACCCCGAGGUCACCUCCACCAUCACCUCCC